GGCGCUGCUGAUGGGGGCCUGGCCCCGGCGAUCGCGCGGAGGCGGGAAAUCCAGGCUGGCCGGGGGUCUGCCGCAGGCGCCGCCGGGGCGUGUGCGAGGGGGGCCUCCGCGUUCGGGCUGGGGCGCGGGCAGCCGAGCGGAGCAUGGGGGAGGGUGCUCGGAGCGCUGCGCACGGCGAGGGCCGCGGCGCGGCAGCCGCCACGCGGCGCCACACCCGGGAGGGCGGGCCUUUGUUCUGCGGCGCAGAGAAGGCCCUGCUGCGCCGGGACUGAGCCGAGGCCGGGAGCCCGGCGGCGGAGGGCCGGAGGCGGCCGGCGGCGCGGGUGCGGGUGCGGGUCGGUGCGCAGGCCCCCGCCGCCCGCGCGCGGAUCUGAAGGUCUCUGGACGGGCCUUGGAUGCUCCAAGGAGGGGGGAUGUGGCAAAGGAAGAUCAAAAAGCUGCUUGGGGAGGAGUCACAGCUGGCCAGGAAGGGGAGUGGAUGGCGGCGGCAGAGGCAGUACACCAUAUACACCUGCAGAACUUCUCCCGCUCGCUGCUUGAGACACUCAACGGGCAGCGGCUGGGCGGUCACUUCUGUGACGUGACCGUGAGGAUCCGCGAGGCUUCGCUGCGUGCACACCGCUGUGUGUUGGCUGCUGGCUCGCCCUUCUUCCAGGACAAGCUGCUUCUCGGCCACUCCGAGAUCCGCGUGCCACCGGUGGUGCCGGCGCAGACGGUGCGCCAGCUCGUCGAGUUCCUCUACAGCGGCUCGCUUGUGGUGGCACAGGGCGAAGCCCUGCAGGUGCUCACGGCCGCGUCGGUGCUGCGCAUCCAGACGGUCAUAGACGAAUGCACGCAGAUCAUUGCCCGCGCCCGCGCCCCGCUCCCGGGCGCGCCGGCGCCCCUUCCCACACCCGUGCCCCCACCUCUUGCACCCGCGCAGCUUCGCCACCGUCUGCGCCACUUGCUUGCGGCGCGCCCUCCGGGCCACCCAGGCGCCGCGCAUAGCCGCAAGCAGCGCCAGCCAGCGCGCCUGCAGCUGCCCGCUCCCACUGCGCCAACUAAGGCCGAGGGGUCGGAGGACCCCGCCCUGUCGGCGGCCCCAGACGACGGCGGCGACUGCGACGAAGAGACCGACGAUGAAACCGACGGCGAGGACGGUGAAGGCGGCGGCCCGGGAGAGGGCCAGGCGCCCCCUUCCUUCCCCGACUGCGCCGCGGGCUUCCUCACCGCGGCCCCUGACAGCGCGUGCGAGGAGCCGCCCGCACCCGCCGGCCUCUCGGACUACGCCGGCGCCGGAAGGGACUUCCUUAGGGGGGCCUCGGCGGCCGAGGACGUGUUCCCGGAGAGUUACGUGUCCGCUUGGCAAGAUGAGGAUGGCACCGCCGCAGAAGCCUGCCCCCCCGAUACCCCGGCUCCGCCUGACUGCGUCCUGUCCGGAUCCCGCGUCCCCAGCGUGAAGACCCCGGGCCCCCCAGUCUCGCUUUUCCCUUUUCAUCUGGGCGCUCCCGGACCGCCUGCGCAGCCUUCUCCCGCGCCCUCCGGGCCCGCUCCUGCACUCUCCUCUGCAUUCUACCCCGCGCUCCAGCCAGAUACGGCCCCAAGUGCGCCUCCAGGGGAGGCACCGGCCCCGCCGCCCGCUGCUCCUGCUGCGGCCCCCUCGGCCACCCCUGCCCGAGCCCCAGGUGCUGCCGAGCCACCUGCCUAUGAAUGCAGUCACUGCCGCAAGACGUUCAGCUCACGGAAAAACUACACCAAGCACAUGUUCAUCCACUCCGGGGAGAAGCCCCACCAGUGCGCCGUGUGCUGGCGAUCUUUCUCGCUGCGCGACUACCUGCUGAAGCACAUGGUCACGCACACAGGCGUGCGCGCCUUCCAGUGCGCGGUCUGCGCCAAGCGCUUCACACAGAAGAGCUCGCUCAACGUGCACAUGCGCACGCACCGGCCGGAGCGCGCGCCCUGCCCCGCCUGCGGCAAGGUCUUCUCCCACCGCGCGCUGCUCGAGCGCCACCUGGCCGCGCAUCCGGCGCCCUGAUCCGGUUCCACCCCCGCCCCCCGCCCCCCGGCGCGGGGUUGACCACGCCCCCGCGCGGUAGGCCGCCCUUCACCGGCAUGGGGACCUCCGGUGGAACUAGGCCACGGCCGCUGCGGGACCGGUUCAUACCUGCCUAGACGCCUGGACCACGCUCCCACCGUCAAACCGCACUUUCCCCAGAGCGCAGGCCUUCCCUCUCCUUCCACCCUUCUCCCCAAACCUGACGGGGGUCCAGCCUGCCUUACACCUGUCCUCCCUCCUCCUUAGACCCUUCUGAUGGCGGCGGGCUGGGGUUGGUCAGGGACCGGCCAUCCCUGAGAACUGAAUCACCUCUGGCCUAAACUCGGACUGGCUGUUCAGACCCUUGGGCCAGGCCCAAGGUUUGUGGCUUGAUUAGGGUGGAUUCUGGAGCUUCUCCUCUGCCCCAGUGUCAAGCUGGGCAUGAUCCUGAACUACCCCUCCCUCAGUCUGGCGUCUAGGGGGCUCAGGUGGACCCAUCGUGGACUGGGACAGGGCCUCAGGACCCCCGCUCUCUAAUAAAGUACUGUGGGCCAUGGGUUCCAAAUUCGGAA